AUGUCUUUCAAACACCAUCAACUUCACAUAAUUUUCUUACCCUAUAUGGCACCAGGCCAUAUGAUGCCAAUGGUUGACAUAGCUAGAGCCUUUGCAACCCAUGGCAACACCAAAGCCACCAUAAUCACCACCCCGGCGAACGCCUCCCGUUUCAACGACACCAUCAUUAGAGACACCGAUAACUCAGGCCACCAAAUCACAUUCCUUACAAUCUCUCUACCAUUAAAGGAAGUAGGCCUCCCUGAAGGGUGUGACAACCUUGUAUCGACUUCGACACGUGAGACUACGUUCAAGCUCUUUCGAGCCAUCGAAAUGUUGCAACCUAUGCUUGAGACAAUGUUGGUUGAUAACAAACCAGAUUGUAUUGUGUCUGAUUAUCUUUACCCUUGGACCGUUGAUGUAGCAAAGAGGCUAGGAAUUCCAAGGUUGGCAUUUAGUGGUGGUUGUUUUUUUAAUUGUUGUGUUAGUUACAAUCUAGAACAAUUUCGACCCCAUGACCGUGUCGAAUUCGAGCGCCAACCCUUUGCUGUUCCGAAUUUGCCCGAUGAAGUAACACUAACAAGAUCACAACUUCAAGAUCUUGUUAAGGGAAACACUGAUUUUAAUGAAUUGUUUGAAAGACUUAGAAAAGCUGAAAAAAACAGUUUUGGUGUACUAAUGAAUAGUUUUUAUGGUUUAGAGUCUGCUUACGUAGAUUAUUUUAGAAAUGAGAUGGGAAUCAAGUCAUGGCACAUUGGUCCGUUGUUUCUCUUCAACAAGCCUACGUUAGAUGAUAAAGUCGGACGAGGCGACAAGAGUUCGAUUGAUGCACAUAAAUGCUUACAAUGGCUUGAUUCAAAGAAGCCUAACUCUGUUCUUUACAUUUGUUUUGGAAGUUUAAGCCGGUUUACGAAAUCUCAGCUCAUAGAAAUGGCUAGUGCUCUUAAUGAUUCAGGGUGCUCUUUUAUUUGGGUAUUAGGGAAAGUCAUGAAAUCUAAUGAAAAUAAUAAUAAUAAUGACCAAAUUAGGCAAGAUGAUGAUCAAGAAGAAAUUGAAGAAGAGCAACAACAUUGGUUGCCUAAUUGGUUUGAAGAGACCGUGUUAGAAAAUAAAGAUAAGGGCCUUGUUAUAAAAGGGUGGGCCCCACAAUUACUAAUCCUCGAGCAUCCAGCAAUAGGAGGGUUUUUAACACAUUGUGGAUGGAACUCGAUACUAGAAGGGGUGUGCGCGGGUGUACCAUUGAUCACAUGGCCAUUGUUCGCCGAUCAAUUCUACAACGAAAAACUUGUAACACAAGUCCUUAAAAUCGGGGUUGAAGUAGGAAACAUGGUGUGGAAAACGUGGGCAACAGAUGAAACAGAGUUGGUUGAAAAGGAGAAGAUUAAGAUAGCCAUAGAAAGAGUAAUGGGAGUAGGAGAAGAAGCAAAAGAAAUUAGAAGAAAGGUAAAGGAGUUUAGUGAGUUAGCUUACAAAGCUAUAGAUGAAGGGGGCUCCUCAUUUAAUGAUGUUAAUGAAUUACUUAAGGAAAUUAGCAUGCACAAACAAUAUUAUAUGGUGAAAGAAUAGAGUUUAUAUAUAGCCACAAACUUUACUAUAGCUAUAGCUCUAAAAGUUUUAGUUUUUUUGUCAAACAAAAUAAUAAAUAAUUUAGUUUUUAGAAAUAUGAAGAUCUACCACCUUGAUUUAAAUGUAUUAAUAGCUUAGUUUGUCUAUCGA